AUGAAAGUGUCACAAAUAAUAUGGAGAAGAUUAUUUAUAAGAUUUGGAAGGAUGAUAGGGGGUCUUCCAAGUGGUUGGAUGAGGAAAGUCCUUCUUUUCCUCGUCCUUAUUACUGGAGUCCUUCUAAUAGCGAUGUACGCUCAUGCACCUCCACUUGUAUCACUUCAGCCGUUUGCUCCUAGAAGAACUUUCAACACACCCUGGUCGUGGAUUUGUGUGGCAGGAAGAUGUGAAAGACGUGCGGUAAAAACAUCACAACGAUCUUUGGCAUCUUGUACGGCAACUUGUGGUGGGCAUGGUCGAUUACUGUGGCCAAAACCAACUGGCGAUAUAAUACUCGGCGAAGAUAGUGUAAUGUUAAAUCUUCAGCAAAUCGAAUUUGUUACUAUCAGUACGAGUGAUCAUGAUGUCCAAAAUUUACUCGAGCAUGCCAAAGAUAUUUUUAUAGGAAACAUCAGAAAUUUAGAAAAGGCUGCAACAGCGAAAGGGCAAUCGAAUAUCGACAAUUUUGUGAUAUAUUUAAGUGCCGGUGAUGGAAAAGGAACAAAGCUCAUGUUAGACACCGAUGAAUCGUACAAACUUGAAGUCAAACUGAAUAAUAAAUAUCUCGAAGGAAGAAUAACCGCAAAUAGUUAUCACGGAGUGCGACAUGGUUUAGAGACGUUGAGUCAAUUGUUCUGGUGGGACGAGAUAGCGGGAAAGCAAGGAGGGCUUCGUGUUCUUUCAAAUGUUUACGUCAUUGAUAAGCCAACGUUUCACUAUCGUGGGCUGUUGAUUGAUACCGGUAGACAAUUUUUUCCAAUCGAGCAGUUAAAACGAGUUGUUGACGGUAUGGCAGCGUCAAAGCUUAACACUUUUCACUGGCAUCUAACAGACUCACAGAGUUUUCCGUUCGAUUCAACAAUCUUCCCCAAUAUGGCACGAUGGGGAGCUUACAGUGCCGAAGAAACUUAUUCAUCUGCCGAUAUUAAAGAUCUUGUAGACUAUGCCAAAAUACGUGGGAUAAGGAUUAUCGUAGAAAUCGACAGUCCAGCUCAUGCUGGCGCUGGAUGGCAGUGGGGUCCAGAGCACGGACUCGGUGAACUAGCACUCUGUGUUGAUCAAGAACCUUGGUCGUCUUAUUGUGGUGAGCCGAACUGCGGACAGCUCAAUCCAAUAAAUAAACAUACUUAUAAAAUAAUAGAAGAACUUUAUAAAGAAUUAUUAGAUCUCACGGAUGUCCGCGAUAUUAUACAUUUGGGUGGUGAUGAAGUUAAUCUCGACUGUUGGGCCCAGUACAGUAAUAUUACUCAAGCAAUGCAAGCGCAAAAUUUUACGGAUCUUCAUGCCCUGUGGGCUGACUUUGAAGGUAAAAUUUAUCGACGAAUUGUUCAUGCUAAUCGAGAUCAAACACCUAAGGCUGCUAUUUUAUGGAGUUCACCGUUAACUAAACGUCCGUGGAUUACCUCGCAGCCGUUUGAUCCUAAGGUACAUGUUAUACAGUCUUGGGGUGGAAGCACUUGGCCAGAGACUGGUGAUUUGUUGGAAGACGGUUUUCGGGUCAUCUUAUCCCAUGUCGACGCCUGGUAUUUAGACUGUGGAUUCGGUAAAUGGCGAGAAACUGGUGAAGCUGCGUGUGGAGAGUAUCGUACUUGGCAAACUGUUUAUAAUCAUCGACCUUGGAGAGAUUAUCCGUCGUCGAUGCAUUUAAUAAUGGGAGGUGAAGCUGCCUUAUGGAGCGAACAAAUCGGACAGGCUUCACUUGGACCUAGAUUAUGGCCCAGAGCUUCGGCAUUCGCUGAGAGAUUAUGGAGUGAUCCACCUGGCUCAGGAUAUACUACGGAAGAAACAGUUUAUACAAGAUUAGCAGCUCACAUUGAUCUCUUACAGGCACGUGGUCUUAAAACUGAAGCAAUGUGGCCGCAAUGGUGUACUCACAAUCCUGGUAAAUGUCUUUGA